GUAUGGGUAUGACACUACUCUACAAACCUGAUAAUGCUCUACUGAUACAGAACUGUACAGACAGGAAAUGUCUUUCAGUUCUGAUCCAUUACCGAUUGGAUAUACUUGAGCACAUCACGGCGUACUGGCUGUGUGUGAUUAUGAGAAAAGUGAUAUAACGUUCAUCCUGUACCUGGAAUAAUAACUUGGACAUUACUGCGAACUACACAUUAUCGGUCCCCUGCGCUGAUCCGACUUUACGUCAGGAAACAAACACUCAUUAUACGUAAGUGCUGACGCUCCGCUUUCCAUUAGACACAAACGCAAACGGACUCCCGAAUCAUGUCAAGAGAUCAGUAACUAAACUCUACCCAGUUUUAUAUUAUCAUAUAAAUGAUGAUGUUAUGAAUUCAUUUGAUUCGGUUUGACAUAUUCAGAGCAGGCGCGGGGACCGUGCACGCGCCGGAACGCCAUGAGCUCGAGACUACGACGCGCGUGUCAGCGCGCGCUGCAGCAGCACUGCAGUGGCUUCUGGUUGCAUGGUUCCGCGUCCCCUUCUCAGUCCGGACAGUAGCGCCGGCUUCACGGCCGUAAACUGAGAUGAGUCACGAAUGAGACCUGCAAGAUGUCUUUCAAGAAGGAAACCCCACUGGCCAACGCAGUGUUCUGGGCGGCGAGGAAGGGGAACCUGGCAUUGCUGCAGCUCCUGCUGAACAGUGGGCGGGUGGACGCCGACUGCAAAGACAGUGUAGGGACGCCGCCCCCGAGAGAUACUCCUGAGACAUAAGAGGGCGCGUUAUGGCACCACUGCUCUGAUGGUUGCCUCCUACAGUGGCCACUACGACUGUGCGAAAGAGCUGAUCAUGCAAGGGGCUGAUAUCAACUUACAAAGAGAGUCGGGCGCCACGGCUCUGUUCUUGGCCUCGCAGCAGGGCCACAACGACAUUGUGAAGCUUCUCUUUGAGUUUGGGGCCUCCACCGAAUUCAAAACCAAGGAUGGCGGCACAGCACUGUCAGCUGCAUGCCAACACGGGCGAUCCAGUGUGGUGGAGACACUGCUGAGGAACGGCGCUGGCAUGCACGACCAGCUGAAUGAUGGAGCCACACCCCUUUUCCUCGCUGCCCAGGAAGGUCACUUGACGGUCAUACGCCAGCUGCUGUCCUCGGGGGCCAAAGUGAACCACCCGCGAGAGGAUGGUACAACCCCACUCUGGAUGGCUGCCCAGAUGGGGCACAGCGAGGUAGUGAAGGUGCUUCUCCUGCGGGGGGCAGAACGUGAUGCAGAUCGAAAAGACGGCUCCACGGCCCUGUUCAAAGCAGCCUUUAAAGGACACAAUAGCGUGGUUGAGGAGCUCCUCAAGUUCUCUCCUUCGCUCGGCCUGCUCAAGAACGGGUCGACGGCGCUCCAUGCCGCAGUCAUGGCUGGAAACUUGCGGGCCGUGGUGCUUCUCCUGCGCGCCAAUGCCGACCCCACUUUACCAAACAUGAACAAGGAGCUGCCAGCAGACCUGACGAAAAAUGAGCGCAUCCUGAGAUUACUGCGAACUCGGAUGGUUGAUGGGGGUUGUUGAUGAUCGCCCCCCCCCCACCCGAAUGAUGCAGGAAACAUGGAAGAAGAAGGACAAACCUCAGCCAUACGUCAUGGUGCUUGCUUUCUGUUGCGGCUUGGGAAGCCAAGGAUAUUAAUCACAAUAUAUGCAAAAAGAGGGUAUAUUUCAUUUAUAGCACAGAGCUCUUUGCGGCUACAAUAAUGUCCUUAAUCUUGCUACUUCCAUGUGUAUCUUCUAACCUUUUUUUUUCUUUUAAUAUUCUUAAUUUGUUUUCUUAAUAAUUGUUUUCUUCUGGUGCUUUGUAUUUGUAAAUAUUUUGCAAAAUCUCAUUUCUGCAUUUAUAAUAAAUGUGAAACUACA